AUGGCCGGCCGGUGCCUGCCGUGCCAUGUCUCCUGCGCCGAGUGCAUGGGCACUCGGAGCACCGAGUGCCUGCCGGACUGCGCCCCCGACUUGCUGGCCCUGCCGGCCGGGCAGUCGCCCAUGCGCUGCGUGCCGGCCUGCCCGGCCGGGUACCACACCUCGGCGGCCGGGUGCGCCCCCUGCGGCGCGCACUGCGCCAGCUGCCCGGAGUCGAACGACACGUGCGCCCUGUGCGAGCGGGGCUGGCUGCUGGACGCGCCGAGCUGCGUGGCCGGGUGCCCCCCCUCCUCGGUGGCGCAGGGCGGGCUGUGCGCCACCUGCCACGCCACCUGCGCCGAGUGCUUCGGCCCGGCGCCCGAGCACUGCCUGGCAUGCGCCCCGGGCACGCCGCUCAUGCUGGACACCAGCUGCGUGGCCGCCUGCCCGCCGGGGACCUUCCAGCAGGAUGCCACGUGCCUCCCCUGCCACGCAGGCUGCGCCACUUGCAGCGGCUCCGAGUCCUCCGAGUGCACGUCGUGCGCCGGCGACCGGGUCCUCCACCAGGGGGCCUGCCUGCCGGGCUGCCCGGGCGGCUGGUUCGCCGACGCCAGCCGGAGGUGCCGGCCAUGCGACCCCUCGUGCGGGACAUGCUCCGGGCCGCGCGCCGACCAGUGUCUCUCCUGCGGCGAGUCGCUGCUCCUGGCUGGCGGCGAGUGCGUGGGCGUCUGCGCCGGGGGCGCCUUCGGGUGCAUGGGCCGGUGCCGGCCCUGCCCGGACCGGUGCGCCGAGUGCACGGCCGACGCCGCGUGCCGCGCCACAUGCACGGCCUGCGAGGCGGGGCUGCUCCUCUCGCCGGCCAGCGGCCAGUGCGUGGCGGCCUGCCCGCCGGGCGAGCACGCCGCCGAGGGGGGCCUCUGCCGUCCGUGCGCGUCGCCCUGCGCCGGGUGCUUCCUCCGGGCCGACGCCUGCACCUCCUGCCAGGACGCCUCGCUGUGGCUGGACACCCGGACCGGGGCCUGUGUCUCCGCCUGCCCGGGGGGCCUGGCCCCGGGCCCGGGCAGCCGGCACUGCCUCGCCUGCCCGGAGCAUUGCGAGCGCUGCACCGCCGGCCCGGGCACCUCCUCGCCGUGUGCCCUGGCCCCGGAUGGCCGGCUGCUGUGCUCCCCGGUGCGGGCGUGCCACCAGUGCGGCCAGGCGUUCCUGCUGCUGGCCGGCACCUCCUGCGUGGCCAGCUGCCCGGCCGGCCACUACCCGGCCCUGGAGGCCCCGGUGCCGGCCUGCGCGCCCUGCCACCCGGACUGCCUGUCCUGCACCGGCCCCGGGCGCGAGGGCUGCCUCCUGCCCGGGGGGUCGCCCCGGCGCGCGCUGGCCCUGGGCCUGGGCCUGGGCCUGGGCCUGGGCGGCCUGCUGCUCGUCCUGCUCCUGGGCCUGGUUCUGUUGCUGUGGUUCCACCACCGCCGCCGCGGCCGCCGCCCGUCGGCCAAGGAGCAUCAUGAUGCGGACGCCACCGUGAUGAACACCAUCCUGGAGCUGUCGCUCCCGGGCAGCAUCCUGGUGAGCAUCAUGAAUGACUUCGCCCCGCUGGACGAGCAGCUGGGCGCCGGGACCCAGGCGUCGGUCUACGCGGCGCGCGCCGUCGGGGCCGGCAUCUCCGACCGCCUGGGCUGCCCGGGCACCGUGGCCAUCAAGCAGCUGAAGGCCGCGCGCAUGACCCCGGCCCAGGUGACCCUCUUCCAGAACGAGGUGGCGCUGAUGUGGCUGCUGCGCGGCGCGCCCAACGUCGUCCGGCUGUACGGCUACAGUGACCAGCCGCCGGCCAUUGUGAUGGAGCGCUACCAGACGGACCUGGCCACGCUGCUGCACUCGGAGGUGCCACUGGCGCCGCACGUCCUGCUGGACAUCGUGCAGCAGUGGGCCUCCGGCCUGGAGGCCAUGCACGCGCAGGGGAUCGCCCACCGGGACCUGAAGCCGGGCAACGUGUUUGUCAGCCAGCGCCCGGACGGGGCAUGGACGGCGGCCCUCGGGGACCUGGGCACCUCGCGCAACCUCAACACCGACCGGUCGUCCACCCUGGUGAGCCAGGCGCCGGAGCUGAAUGCCCUGACGGCGCGGUACGCGGCGCCGGAGGUGCUGGCCGCCUUCCAGCGGAAGCGCCCGCUCGACCGGGACCACUACCUCCCGGCGGACAUCUACAGCGCGGCCGUCAUGCUGUGGGAGUGCCUCACCCGCGCGGUCCCCUGGCAAGGCCUGGGCUUCGCGGACAUCACGGCGGCCGUGGCGGCCGGCGAGCGCCCCUCUGACGCCGGCCCCGCCGCCGCCGCCGCGGCCCCCCUGGCCCCCGCCCUGGCGGACCUGCUCCACCUGGCCUGGGACUCGAACCCGCAUGCGCGGCCCCUGGCGGCUUCCCUCCGGCAACGGGCCACCAGCGCGGCCCUCCUGGUGUGA